UUGAAGAAAUGCGUGCAGUGUGUGUUUUAAGUUUGAUCGCUUGCUUGGGCAUAACCCCGAUCUCUACGAAGUCACUAGAUGAAAACGAAACUACAGAUGAAGUUAAAGCUCUUAAUAAAACGGAAAGAGCUAGAAUGUUCAAGGAGUUAAAAUUGCUGCAAAAAUUAGCCAAUGAAACAUAUUAUUCAACAGAUCCAACCACCAAAGAAACAGAUUUAACAAAAGAUCCAACGGCGGAGGAAACUGAAGAUCCUACUGGGGAGGAAACAGGAAAUGAACUUGAGAAUCAUAAUCAUGAAGGUCAUGAACAUGUACAUCAUGAACAUGGAGAUCAUGAACAUGAAGAUCAUAAUCAUGGAGUUCAUGAACAUGGAAAUAAAGUAAACGUAGAACUUAAACCUGGGCAACAUAUAGUUGAAGAAAACGGGGAGUUUUUUAUAGUAGAGGAUGAUGAAGACGAAGAUGAAGCCACUGUGGAUAAACCCACUGAAGUUAUCCCUGUGAAUUUUCUCAAAUAUCCCAAGCAUGAGCCCGACUUUAAGCCAUAUCCACGAUUUGCCAUCCUGAGAAAUGGCUUUGUUCUUCACAAUAGUUUAGUGCACGACUUUUAGCGAUUGUAUUAAGUA